CGGGCUGAGAAAGCAAACCUCGCGCGUGGCCCCGCCCCCUCGCUUCCCUCCCCGGGUGGGGCGGAGCGGAUCCUUUCAGGCAGGCCGUGAUGGCGGACGAUGGCGACGGGAAGCUAAGGACUGAAGAAGGAGGCGGCGCCGAAGGAGGCGGAGGCCCCGAGGAAGUGGCCGGGAGCUGGCUGGGAGGCGGCGGGGCCCUCGACAUGCUGCUGAGCCUGGCGUUCGUGGCGCUAGCGGCGCUGCUGGCCUAUCAGCUGUACAGGCGCUGGGCGAAGCGGAGCGGGGCGGGGGGCGCGGCGCCUGCCAGCCCGGCCGACGCGCUGCCCCGGAUGAAGCGGCGGGACUUCACGCUGGAGCAGCUGCGCGAGUACGACGGCGCCCGCACGCCGCGCAUCCUCCUCGCCGUCAACGGCAAAGUCUUCGACGUGACCAAAGGCAGCAAGUUCUACGGGCCCGAGGGGCCUUAUGGAAUAUUUGCUGGCAGAGAUGCCUCAAGGGGACUAGCAACUUUUUGUCUAGAUAAAGAUGCACUCAGAGAUGAAUACGAUGACCUAUCAGACUUAAAUGCAGUACAAAUGGAAAGUGUUAGAGAAUGGGAAAUGCAAUUUAAAGAAAAAUAUGACUAUGUAGGUAGACUCCUAAAGCCAGGAGAGGAACCGUCAGAGUAUACAGAUGAGGAAGAUACCAAGGAUCACACUAAGCAGGAUUGAACUUUGUAAAUCACCAAAGUCAGGGGCCUUUGGAACUGCAAUCUCUUAUUUCCCGUCAUCGAAUGCCCUACAUCUUGGGUACAAUUCAUCUGCUGCAUAAAACAUGAUGGGUUUUGUACAUCUUUUGGUGAAGAUUUCAUUACUAGGCACUCUUUGUGCUGCCAAACAUUUUUGUUGUUGUUGCAGUUAAAACUGUAAAGUCUGAAAGGCUUCAUUAAUGAUGUGGGGCCAGGGAUUUAAAAUGCAAAGAAAACUAUUCCUUUUAGCAUGUUGAAGCCUUUGAACAGUUUAUUUACAAGCUUAAGUGUUUCAUAUGCCAUUUUUAUUCCUUCAGCACUAAAUGGAAAAAUAGUUCUAAGGAUUCCCAAGUGAAUUUGGCUAAUGAAAUGGGAAUACUCGAACUAUUUUGUGGGCCACUGGUUUCCAUGGCAAAAACUAGUCCAUAUGACUGCAGAUUAUGGAAUAUCAGAUAGAUUCUCCAAAAGGAAAAUUUCUCUGCAGAAGCUAUCAUCUGAAACCUGCCUUUUAUGCUUUUCUUUCCCCUCAAUCAAAUCACAAGAAUUGUGCCUUAUUUCACUUAGAGACUUGAAUUGUUUUAAGGGAAAAGCCCAAAUGUGACAUGAGUCACUAAAAGCAGCAUUGAGGACUGGUUAAUUAUUCAGUUGACUGGAAAACAUUGAUGUCAUUCUGUAUAUAGAUGUAAAGGAAUACUCAGUGUUACUGCCAUAUAUAUAUAUAUGUUAAUAUACACGAACUUAAUUAGCAGUGUAAUGGCCAAAUGCAUUCCCCUUUGCUUUUUAAAUAAACCCUCUUCCCUUUUCCAUCCCUAAGGAACUCCUGAAAUUUCAAGGGUCCUAGCCUCAUAUUUGUAAAGUAAAGGGUGUGCAUGGGUGCUUGAAUGCAAGAGAUGGGAGGAUGGUUCGUACAGAUACUGUAAAUAUGAAUACCAUUUUAAUAAAGCAUGUAAAAUACCAAAUGUGCUGUCAGACUUUAUGUAGAUGCUGUUAAACCAAUAUUGGUUGCCAGGACUCUGUAUGAAAGAAGAAAUCUUGGGAGAUACCGAAUAUUUUUGCACUGCUAGUAAAUAAAGCUUUACCCAGCUAUCUUUUUUAUUUAGUCAUCACGUGAAAUUCACAGCAAGAUGUGACUGGGCAGUUUAUAUAAAUAUGUAAUGAGUGCAAUGGCACACAACAAUGGAGCAUAUCUAUAUGUAGAAAUGUUUUGGUAAUCAGUUUUUGUUAAAAGGUUGUCACCCCCCCCCCCCCUCCAGUAUUUAAUGACACAGCUUCUUUAGACUUUGCCAAUAUGGCAAGUAAAUCCAAAACCAAUAAUGCAUUCUUGAAGUAAUCUGCUAUUAUCCCGCCAGUAAAACACUAAGCCAUUCUUGGCAACCAUUAUUAACCAGGAAAACCAUGUAGUAAGACAUCAAUGUGUCUAUAGAGUAUGUUAAACAUACUUCGUUGUACUGUCCAAUAUGAUGUCUCUAGCAAGUAACAUCCUUGUCCAUCGUGACCAAACAAUUCAGCUCAUGUUCAGGUUGACUCAUGGUUAGAGACUGUCCACAUGGUGUCCCCAAGAAAGAAUUUUUGUAUCUGCUGUCUCUUUUAUGUGAUCAUACUGUUGUCCAUUGGUAAUUUGAGAAUGUUUUUAAGCCUUUAUUGAUGAGCCACAGUUACAACUCCUCUACUCCAAAAUUUUAUUCCAUAAUUAAAAUUAUGCAGUCUGUUUGAAGAAGUGAAGAACCUGUGUUCCCUUUUUUAAAAAUAAAGUAUUCUGUAGAUACAUUG